AUUUUCUUUCCUUUUAUCUCUCUACUUUCAUUCCUGUCAUACUCAUUUCUAGCCUGGUAUAUCUGGUUCAAGAGCUGAGGGUGGAGGAGUGAACAGAAAGUCGCCCGCUGCUCUCUGACUAAUCAGCUCUUUUCCAACGACCCCAUGAGAACCAACCCACCAAGGCAUUUCUCUGUUUAUAGCUGUUGGGCAAACAAUACUAUCAGACUCUGGGUUUAUUUAUAUACGGAGCUCAGACUGUAGAGCAGUUUUGCAUUUUUCAUAAUGUCACUGGUUGCAGUAGGUGCAUGCUACGUUGAUACUAUUCUCACAACUCCUCAUUAUCCCAGCGAGGAUGAAAAACUACGCGCGUCUACCCUUUCCCGUCGGCGCGGCGGGAACUGUGCAAACUCUCUCGAAGUGCUGCAGCAGCUGCUAGAACAUAGCGACAUCAAGAACUUGAAGACGGCAUCUCCAAAUAUUAAUCUUGUUGCUGUACUACCUGCUCGAUCAUCUGUUGCUACGCAUCAGAUCAGAGCGGGGCUCGAGCCUCACGUAUCUCUCGAACAUAGCAUCUUUCGGGAAUUAUUCAACGAGCCUGCGUCUAGUUAUAUCAUAAAAGCCUCUGACUCUGGAAGCAGGACAAUUGUAAACUACAAUGAACUUCCUGAAAUGACUGUCGAGGAAUUCCAGGUGAUCGCAGAUUCUCUAGGGCCGGGGGCGAAUUGGUUCCAUUUUGAGGGUCGGAUACCUGAUAUCAUCUUGGAUUGUAUAAGAUACCUUCGAACGCGAUUUCCUUCUGUGCGUAUUAGUGUCGAAGUUGAAAAACCUCGUCGGCCUGGUUUGCAGGAACUCGCUGCUGAAGCGGAUGUUGUCUUUUACUCCAAGAGCUGGGCACAGGGAAACAGCUACCAAACAGCGGAAGAAUGCCUACAGGAGCAGUCAAAACGUACUGCUAAAGCUUCAUUAUUAUGCUGCACAUGGGGUCAAGACGGAGCAACCGUCCUUGAAACCUCUACAUCCUCACUCAUUCACGUUCCAGGAUAUACUGAAAAGGGCUUCCAAGUCGUUGAUCCCGUCGGUGCCGGUGAUACGUUCAUAGCGGGUAUGUUGUAUUCUUUGAUAUAUCGUAAAGAUGAUUGGGAUCUGUCGCGUAAGUUGAAGUUUGCGAAUCGUGUUGCAGGGAUGAAGGUCGGACAGGAAGGGUUUUCGGGGCUUGGGAAAGCCUUGGACGGAGAUUUUCGGUGACUGAUUAGUUUUGUUGUUGAGAAAUUUGCUUGCACAACUAGAUUCUAUGAAUUCAUCGGGUACUGAGAAUUACAACCGC